GAAACUUUCGUUUCCUGAACUCCCGCGUGAUUUUCUCCUCGGACGUUCGCCGGUUGAUCGGCAGAAUGAUCACGGCGGUUUUCGUGGCUCUGUCCGCAGCCGCCUCCGCGGUAUUGAGUGAAAGUGUGAGGUCGGCUGACAUUCGCUCUUUGUUGAAUGUGUCUACGUUCGAAUUCGACAAAUUCAGAAAAAACUUUAACCGUCUGUUUGACGGCAGCGGCGACCAGUUUAAGCGCCGGCUUCUGCACUUUCAGGAAGCUGCUGUGCGUCACACACACUUGAACUCAUUUUCCACAGAAGCCCAGUCUGCCACUUAUGGCUUCAACCAGUUCUCCGACCUGUCUCAGGAGGAAUUCAGAGGCAUUUAUUUGCAAGCGACUAGUGGCAGAGCCCCCCCCUUCUCUGGCCUGCCGGCGGAGGGGCUUCCAGCCAGAUUUGAUUGGAGAGACAAAGCGGUUGUGGCAGCGGUCCAGGACCAGCUAGCAUGCGGCAGCUGUUGGGCCUUCAGCGUGGUGGGUGCUGUGCAGUCUGCCCGUGCUGUGGGGGGGUCACGGCUGCAGCGGCUCAGCGUGCAGCAGCUCCUGGACUGCUCCUUCACAAACAAAGGCUGUGGCGGGGGUUCCCCCACCGCCGCUCUGAGCUGGCUUCUACAGACCAGAGAGAAGCUGGUGACGGCAGCAGAGUAUCCGUACCAGGCCGAGGCCCAGAUCUGCCGGUUCUUUUCCCAGACACACCAAGGCGUCGCUGUGAAGAACUUUACUGUCCAUAACUUCAGAGGCCAGGAGCCGGCCAUGAUGGCUCAGCUUGUGGAGCACGGGCCUCUGGUGGCUGUAGUGGACGCUGUCAGCUGGCAGGAUUACCUGGGAGGCAUCAUCCAGCACCACUGCUCCAGCCAGUGGCCCAACCACGCAGUUUUAGUGGUUGGAUACGACACUUCAGGAGAUGUUCCAUACUGGAUUGUGCAGAACUCUUGGGGAACCUCAUGGGGGAACGAGGGCUAUGUUUACAUAAAAAUGGGUGGAGACGUUUGUGGUAUCGCAGACUCAGUGGCCGCCGUCUCUGUCUGACAGCAACAUGUGAAUGAUUAUCCCGCCGCGGCCUUGUGAGAGUCAAAGCAUGUGGGCGUAUAGCUCUGAAAACAGCCUUCACCUCUGCUGCUCAUAACCUUUACUGUACACAUUAUGCAUCACAUUAAAUACAAGUUUGAACAGGACUGAGAUUUACAUCUGUACACCAAGGAUUACAUUAAUCACAGCAUAAAUACAUAGAAUACACAUAGAAUACUAUACAGAAUAAAUCCACUUUAGCUGUCUGUGACAGGAUGAAGGAGUCCUGCUGUCUGAUCAAGACAUGAAUGUGUUUUCAUAAAUAGAGAUAUGGCUGGAACCUGAUUCACUUUAGCCAAAGCUCUCCUGUUGGAUUUGUUUGAGAACCCUGAAGCCUUGUCCUGCCCGCCCGCCCCCCCGCCUCCCUGAUCCGAGCGGCUCCAGGUCAGUCGGUGCCGCCUCCCUCAUAUGUGACGGGACAUGAGGCAGCACUCUGCUCACUUGAGUUUAACAGUAAAAAAAGAGGUUUCUCCUCUUUGAAUGUGAAAAAAACUUUUGUAUAUAUUUUUUUAAUUCAUAAAUGUGUAUAUUUUCUUUAAGAAAUCUGCUGUUUUUCUACAUUGCAUUAAAUGGAAUGAAUC